GCAGUCAGUCAAUCAGAGCAAGGAAAAUUUCCACGUUGACCCCUCGCUAACGGUACAAUCUGCGGCCUAGAGCUACGUACGAGAGUACACUGUACUUCUUUUUACCCACUGUUCAUAUAUUACUGUAUGCAUUACUGUACAUGCAUGCAGGCCCAUAUAUGCUCCGUCCAUAUCAUACAUACGUAUUCUUAGAUCCAUGCAGGUCUAUGGGCCACACUGGUCUGCUCUGGUCGGCUUUCUAUCUCCAAUCAUUCUUACGAUGACAUUCUUAUAAUGUUCUAAUGAACAGCUUUAAAUAUUAUCGAAUCAAGACAUAAGAGGCUACGAUAUAUCGUUACAAGACGAUCAAAGAAGGGGUCUAACCUAAUUUCGUUUACCUUCUAUUGCUAUUAAUUUGAGCUUUCGUAUCUCUGAUUGCAGCGGCAACAGUUUCUAUACGUUCACGUUCCCCCAUAUCGUACUGCUGACAAUUUUCAACAAAGAAUGACGUUGCAACGUGCAUCUUUUCUAUUUCGUACCAUUUUGAGAAUUAACGGCGAGAACAAAUUGCAUUUUCGGCCGAGGACAACGACACCGUCAGGCGCUAUUCUCCCGGAACCAAAAGGGACACGAUUCGGUUACGUGGGUGUUAUCACCAGUGUCGUAACCGGUUUAGUCAUCGGUGUCACACUCAGUAAAUUGGUGGCUCAUAUUCUCGAGGAAAAAGAGCUAUUUGUACCAUCGGACGAUGACGACGAUGACUAGGCUUACUUCUAUUCUUUCACACUUUGUGGCAGUAUAAUGCUGCAGAAUUUUGAUGCUUCAAACACACACGUAUGCAUUACACGACCAUCGAAGGUUCGAUUUCAACUGAUUCUACAACCGAUCUAGAAUGGUUUAGAAGAUUGUAAUCGAUUUGAAAGUUCACCUCCUCGUUCUUCACAGGAAUCAUUAUUAUAUUCUGUCUUUGUACCGUUCUCUUCUUCUUCUUGUCGUUGUUGUUUCUUUUUUUUUCUUGGUGUAAAGCAUGUAUAAAAAGUUCCUUCUAAUAACGUUGGUACGCUGUCGGAUGCGUAAACAAAUAAUAUAUUUGCAAACAUGUUUGCCUAAAUCCAAUAUAGGAUAUAAAUACAGUAUACGCGCGCGAUGAAGAUGCAUGAUCCGUACAUCAAACUAUUUCCGAUAUAUGCUCGUCUAAUAACUUAUUUAACAUACCCGAUCUAGUCUGUAUAUGGUUUUAGUUAAUAAAUUUGCCAAGGAAAAGAAAAGUAAAACGAAAUGUUCGAGUAAUCUAUCUUGAGAAAAGCUCUCGGGUCGUCUUUGGUGACAAUAAAUGAUUCGGACAGAAAGAAAACAAGCAGAGUAUUCGUUAAAUCUAUUUUAUUGAAGCGGUCUUUUAUGUAAACUCCAACCAUGAAAACAUUUCGUGAACCUACGAGAUUCUUUUCCUUUUGCAGUUAAAAACAAUUUCCGAGCCCUGUCUGGUUGCUUUACUCGCAAAUGUUGAAUGUACACCUAAAAUCCAUUUUACAUUAUUUUCUUUUGAACCAGUUUAUCUUACCAACCCAGCGCGUCACAUCCUUUUUCUUAUUCUGUUCUCUUCUUUUCUUAUUUUACCUGAGCAGACUUAUAAGCCAAUUUGAUCUCUACUUCCGAGCACCUGCUUCCCAGCCAUAGAAAUACUUGUUCGCCAUUGUCUAAUAUCAUAAUGUCGUCGUCCGCUAAAUCAUCCUAGAAACAUGAUCAAUCGAUCAUGAUUUCAAUUACCCAUAUGGAGAAUAUUAUACUGUACCAGAUGCGCUAUCACAACAAGACUUUACAACCAAUAAAUUUGAUUCAUACUUGA